GCGGACUGUGCGUUACGUCGUGGCGGCGAGAGGGUCGCCUCUUGCCUGGAAUACACGCGGCCGGCCACGUCUCCGGCGGUCGUGGCCACGAAUUCACGCGCCUCGAGUUACAUUCGCGUUGUGCGUCGCGCUUCCGAGAGAGAGAGAGAGCGAGCGACGACGUGAUCAGUCGGUCGUUCGCUAGCUCGUUCUCUCGAUCGCGAUCACGGUCGAGCGAGUGACGCGUUGUUUGUCGCCGAAAGGGGAACGCGUCCCGGGUAAAUGCGAAACGAGGGUUACCGCGCGCGCGAGUAAGAUAGAGUGAGACGUGAUCGCGGGAGGCGGACGGGAGAGAGACCGUAGGAAGUCCGAAUUUGUCACCUCGUCGGCGAACGUCGGACGACCCGCGGCUGGGCGAAUGUGUGUACGUAUGCGAGUGCACGAAAGAGUGUGUGCGUGAGAAAGAGAGAGCCUAUCUUCGCGUGCGUUUCCCGCGUGUAACGGAUACGACGAAGCCGCCCUGCGUCGUGACACCAUAGUGCGUCGUUAGUGUGCGCGACGAGUGUCCGUCUGUCUUCCGUCCGCGCGAGGGGCAGGAAGCGGAAGAAGAACGGCGAAGACGACGAACCGGAAGCGCGCGGGAGCAGCAGCGAGGAAACAGGAAGAGUGGAAGUCAGUGGCGACGGAAGGGAGCGGGGAGCGAUCGAGUGUGCCGCGAUCGUCGGCCAGCAGCAGCGGUGAACGUCGGCAAGGGAGAGGAGACAGCGGGAAAGAGAAAGACACACACGGACGCUAUUCAGUGUCCGAGCGCGGGGAAUCCCGUCGUUCCCGCCGUGAUGAAUCUCCGCGCCGUUGUUGUGCGUCGCGCGGUCUCUCGCUGAGGACAACGACGCACGUGUGAUCACGAGGACGACUGCGCGCGUUCUUCUCUUCGUGUCGCGCUAAAAAGAGAGAGAGAAAGAAAGAAAAAGAAAGAGGAAGAAAGAACGAGGACCGCUUCGUCCGUUCGCAUGCACGAGGCGAAGGGACGUGGAGGAGGAAGAGGAGGAGGAGGAGGGUGAGCCGUAGGAGAAGAGGUGCCAUGUGAAUGCUACGAGCACGGAGGACCGAGCACGUCGUGUUCGCGCGUUGCACCCGGAGAGGAGGAGGAGAGUUUUGGAGCGGUAAGAACCGCUGCUGGUGGCCACGCCGCUCGUCGUCGUGCUGACGAUGGCAUCGUCGAGCAGGGGCCCGGCGUCGCCGUCGGGCGGGCCCGUCAUUCGCUGUGGCCACCUGAAGAAGAUGAAGACGCUGAAGAAGAAGUACUUUGUGCUGCGCGGCGAGGCGCCCGGCUGCCUCGCCUGCCUCGAGUACUACGACAGCAAGAAGAAGUUCGAGAAUCGUCAGCCGCCUAAACGCAGCAUACUGCUGCACAGCUGCUUCAACAUCAACAAGCGGGGCGACACCAAGCACAAGCACGUGAUCGCGCUUUACACGAAGGACGAGUGCUUCUGCCUGAUUCUCGACAACGAGAAGGAGCUGGACGAGUGGCUGCAGGCGAUGCUGAGGCUGCAGAGCGGCGAUGUGCCCGACGGGGAACAACCACGGCCUACAUUUGAACACGUAUGGCAAGUUACAAUGCAAAGAAAAGGUCUAGGGGCACGAAAGAACAUUCAGGGACCCUACAGAUUAUGCCUCACCGAUCAAACCUUAAGUUUAGUGAAGAUUGGGGAACAGGAUAACUCGGACUCUAUCGAAAUUUUCCUGCAUUUCGUUAGACGUUGUGGUUUCGCGAACGACAUAUUCUACAUAGAAGUUGGCCGAUCCGCCGUGACUGGCGACGGUGAGUUCUGGAUGGCGGUUGAGGACAACAAUAUCGCGCUCAAUAUGUACGAUGUAAUAACGACCGCGAUGAGGAAUUCGAAGAGUAACAAGGACGAGGUAGGACCUCGUCAGAGAAUGCGUAGCUCCUCAGCCAAUGAAGCCAGCAAGCCGAUAUCCGUCCUCCAACGACGGCAUACGGGCCAAAAGCUUCAUAGCUUUUCGCCUCUAGAGGAACAGAAGACACACAAGGAGCAAGUGGAACCGUUGCAGGAGCAGAUUGCUACUUCCUGUGCUCCUACACAGAGUAGUCAAUCUCGGAGUACCUCCUCCACCAAUACAGUCACGGCCGUUGCUGGUACCGGGGCUUGGACUGCUGGGAUUGCCACGACUAAUGCCAACUGUGCCGGUACCGCUAGACGUCGUCAUUCGGUAGCCAGUCAUCCUCAUUCCGUCAAUAAUUCCCAAUCCACUCAUGUCACAACAGCAACAAAUACAUCCAUGACCACCACCGCCACCAAUGCCACCACCACCACCACCACCACCACUACCACUACCACUACCACCACUACAACCACCACCAUCACCAUCACCGCGACCGUCACCGCGACCACUACAACCGCGACAAUAUCCCAUCAGAGAACCCUGUCGCUGCCCUUAGCUGCCGUUAUUAUCAAUCAAACGCAAUCAUCUAAAAGAUCAGUUUUACGGUGUACGACUGUGCGCGACCGGUGCGACAGCUUGCCGUCGAGGGCACGCACCACCAGCGAGGGACAACCGACUGCGAUAGUGCUGAACCACCCGAGAGGAGCCCAUAUCAUGUCGCACGUGCCACGACCGCACUCCAUGUGCGGACGCGGCCUCUCCUACUCGCCGCCGAUCGCGUCGAUGCCCAUCAGCCCGGCGUCCGACGUCUGCUCGUCCGACUCGGCUGGCUCGUCGCCUUCGAUGGACGACUGCGGCGAGAACAUGUCCGAGGAAGGCACCGUCUCGCGAUACGGACACUCCUUAACCCCGGACGAGCAGCCGGUGAUCUUGGACAAGAAGGGCGACGACUACGCGCCCUGGUCCACGUCGCAUUCGCAUCUCAAAUACUCGCCAAACUUCAAGUCUCACUCGCCCUCUCAGAGUUCCUACGGUGAAAUGUACAGCCCCUGUGGCUCGAGCCCAGGUCGCGGUGGCGCGUACAUACCCAUGAGCCCCGCGACGACGGUGCAUUCGCAUUCCCGCGCGUCGUCCCUCGUGGAGGAGAGCAAUGUGUUGCCGGACGGUUACGUGCCGAUGGCGCCGGUUGGGGAUGACGGUUACGUCGACAUGGAUCCUGUAAAUAGUCACAACGGUCACUUCCCGGACGACAUGUCGCAGCACGAUGGCAGCAGCUGUUCUGUCACUUCUGGCACGCCCAGCACCGAUCUCCGCUUCUCCGAGUACCACUUGGACAAAGUGACUAGUUUCCUGGCUCCCGGAGAAGAUCUGCAAGCCAGACCGACCCGAGCUUACUCGGUCGGGUCUAGACCAGAGCCUGCGAACAGGCAUCGCAAAAAUAGGUUGGACAUCACCCCGCAGGACGCCAGUAGAGUACGAGCGUUUUCCGUAGGCAGCCGCUCCAAGAGGCCCGAGAUCGGCAGGCUAGCCAACGUGGUCACCGCGCCGUUACCGGCCGGCUCGGACGGCUCGAACAAGUCGAGCUCCGCGCCGUUGCUGUCGAGCUCCUGGGGCCACAACUCGGGUUGCUCCGGCGCGUCCGAUCGCAUGGAGGAUCUCAUGGAAUUGGACUUCACGAGGCCCAAUCUCCCUAUCGCUCUCUCCUCGCCACCGUCAUCCUAUCCUCAGCCGCAGUCGCAAUCGUACUCUACUGCCACCGACACUAGUUCCUACGUCGACAUGUCGCCCGGACAGCCCCCCGUAUCGACUACUGCCCCAUACGUCGAUAUGAGUGGCAUGAAUAAGAUCAAUCGCAAUAACAAUAACAAUACAAUCACUGCCAACCACAAUCAUAGCCACAUGCAUAUAUCAUCGUUAGCUUUCGCCCAUAAACCUGUAAUUACAACUUUAAAGCCGGUGGAGGAGGCGGAGGGACCUUACAUGAGGAUGGAUGGCACAGCGGAGGAUUGGUCGCAUUCGGAGGCGAGCCCGAAGCAGCUGUCGUCACCUAUGCAGGAGGACAUCUAUCACACGAACGGGCCACCAGGCAGCACAAGAACGGCGCCGGUAGACCUGCCGCAACCGAGGCGUCCCCCGGAGGGAUACGUCGAGAUGUCAUUCAAGACGCGUCCGAGUCUGGACCAGGACUACAUGAACAUGAGCAUAGGCGCGAACAAUCGGAACAACCGCAAGGCGACGCGAGUGGGGGGCGGCGGUAGUCGCAAGGAGAAGUCCCGGUCGCAGCCUAUCGCGAUCCAGGCGGGCAGCAAGCCGUCGAAGACCCCGAGUUUCCUGCCGUUGAACGGCAGCCCGACGUCCGAGAGCCUGGCGAGCACGCCCGCCUCGCCGCCGCGGGCGACACCCACGGGCUCCUCAGCCACGAUCUUCCCCUUCUCGCUGAACAGCCCGCAGUCGCCGGUGAAGCCGUUUACGGAGCAGAAGCCGAGCGAGGAGACGCCGGACGUCUCGCCGAGCAACGAUUACGCGGUGAUGGAGCCCGCGAAGAAGCUCGUAUGCGCGCCGUGCCCCGUGCCGUCGACGGAGACGGCAAACCACGAGAAACCACCUAGUCCCGUAGGCAAGAACGCCCCACGGAUCACAUCGAACUCGCAGGAACACCACCACCAUCACGCGGUCGGCCCAUUGACGAAGAGACUCUCGGACCUGACGGUGUCGAAACCGCGUCUCGUCACGGCCUCGCCGAAUACCAGCCCCACCUUGACGGGUUUCAAGCCGUCGUCUGUGCAGCAGCAGCCGCCGCCGAAGCCAUCCUCGCCGAAGUUCAUCGACGAGACCCCCACGCCCACGCCGACGCCCACGCCUACGCCGAGCCCGUUGGACAGCGAAGGCUACGAGAAGCUCCAGCCGGGCGCGACGAUUCUGCACUACGCUAGUCUCGAUCUGCCGGAGGUUAGUAACCCUGCGCCCGUGUCGCCGGCGUCCGCGCAGGAGGGCCUCAUCUACGCCGAGAUCGACUUCGCCAAGCUCAGGCAGAACUAACGUAAUACGUUGUCCCGGUGCAGGCGCUCAUCGGCGCGACGACGCGACAUGGGCUGACGCCUCUUGUGUUCCCUACGAUAGCAACGAGUAGGCAGGGUAUGUAAUAUCGAUCGUUCUGACAUUGGCUCGGCUGGUCUAAGUAGGGCGCCGGCUAGGAACUGUGUAUAUAUAUAUAAAGAAAAAAAGGGAAAAAUUCGUUUCUUCGCUCCAAGCCUGACGGCACUCGCCGCGCCGUUCGCCAAUCUUCCUAGCGUGACGGUCUCGGCGGUCUAUUUUAAAUCGUUUGAGGAGGAGAGGAUGAAGAAAAGAGAGAAUAGGCGGCGUUGGUACCUAUAGUUCUGGUUGUACUGCAUUAAUAUCGUAUUUUAUCGGAAUGAUGUGAAAUUCUUUUUAGCAUAGGCGCGCGAGAUAUGUAUAUUUAUUUUCCGUGGCUAAUCCCGUGGGGAGCCCGCAAAAUCUGUUCUUCGUGUGUACACACCGCGUUUUUAUGACGUUGAAACGGCCGGAUAUAAAAGACAGAGAGAGAGAGAGAGAGAGAGAGAGAGAGAAAAGAAGAAAAAGAAAGAACGAAUUCAGCAAGUAACUGAAUUGCUCUAGAAAGAUGUUAUAUUUUUUAGUCAGUUAGAUAUCAAUAUCUUAAAUUUAUAUUUUCCGUUGGCAAAUUCGCUUGUUGUCUAAAAAAUUUAUUCCGUUUUGUACUAUAUACAUUUCAGACGCUGACAAGCCGAAAAGAAAAGCAAAAAAAGAAAGAACAAGUCGAUUUUUCUGAAAGAUAUAUACGCGUAUAUCGAAUUUAUAUUUAUAUUUAGAAUGUAUUCCUAACGAUAUGACUACGAAAUUUAUUUAUGUUAAUUGCUUAGGGGGAGCUGCGCUCUGGAUAAUAAUGUAAAUUUCUAUCGAUCCUUUUUUCGCACGUAUGUGUACAAAUUUUAACGACGCAUUUUUCUUUUCUUUUUUAUUUGUGCGCUGUGAAUUCGACCGAGCUGGCUUCGUUGAGAUUCGCGUUCGAUUAUUGUUCAUACGAGGAACAGCAUGUUACGGCUGUACGUUCAUUUUGGCGUUCUAACGUUCUAUGCUAGUCAAAAUUGUCGAGUCCGAAUUUGAGCAACGCUUUUAAGUUAUUCGUAAGGAGCAGCCACUAUAUACGUGUGAAUUCUUGCGCUUGAUAUGUAUAAGAGAGAGAGAGAGAGAGAGAGAGAGAGAGAGAGAGAGAGAGACAUCGGUUCGUGUUUUGGGCGUUUUAUCGUUUAUCCGAAGUCCUCGGGAUUUCCAACGAGGUUUGUGGGAUCCAGUGAGAUCCGAGCGGAGUUUCAAAAACUGUGGGGGAAAAGCAUGUGAUGUGAAAAUUGGCAUUUUCGUUUCUUCGAUAAAACCGAUAAAAUAGUUCUUCGAACUUGCGUUCAUCGUGCGCAGGCAGCGCGCGCCGGCGGCGGUACUCCUCUGUCGGUCGGUUCUCUUCGAGAAAGCAUAAAAAAAGGAGAGAAGAAGAAGAAGAAAAUAAUAUAAAAAUUUUUCACGACGCCAGCCCUGCUUUUAGACGUUGCGACUAACCCGUUGGAUAAUCGAUACUUAUAGUUCGAGGGAAGCUUCGACUGCGAAACAGAUGAAAUAUAUCGUAAAAAAAAAAGCUUUAGGAAUAUCGCACACAGGAGAGAACGAAUGAACGGUGGCGUGUGUGAAUGUGCAUGUAUGUGUGUAUGCGUGUGUGUGUUUUAACAGUACACUACCAGAAACAUAAGUACUGAAGGAAAGUGAGAGAAACGUGAAGCGAGUCCCCGUUGACGACGAGAGAUCGACGAGGUCGGAUGAAAUUCUGCAGACAACGGACGGAAGGAAAAAAAAUCGUUCACAGCGCGCCGGGUUAUAAUAAUUAUUUGCGUUGCUCUCUCGGCCUCUCUACCGCCUUCGGAGUUUGAUCCGACUGUUUCCUCGUGAGGGAAACGUUUACCCGCCAAUGUUAGAUCGACAUCUCUUAGAAUUCGUAUUGCAGACAAGAUAGAUGUUCCGUACAAGUGCAGUAUACAUGUGUUAUCAUGCUUUUCGUAUAAAUCAUGAAACGGAGCCGGGUUAAUCCCGUCGAGGGCUAACUCGACCGGUAUACACAGCGUACAUAUACAUACACAGUCGCAUACGCACGUGGCAUAUAUGCGUAUAUUCGCUCCGCAGGAUGUUCUGUGAAAGACGGUACAACCGACGAUGUGCGCCGGUGAUAACGUCGCAGGCGGUCGAAGGACGAAAAGAGCGGGAGGAAGGUGAUCGGAUGGAUUUGUUGAGAAAAAUGUAAAAAAGAAAAAGAAGCAAAGAGAAAGAACAAGAAGUGGAAAGGAGAGGGACAAAAAAA